UAUUGGUGAAAAAUUUUGAAGAAGAAUAAUUGAUAAAUAUAAAGUGUUAAAAAAAACUAUUACGAGUAUAAGUGAAUAAAAAUGUAAAAUAAUAAGUUAUUGACCUUUGAAACGUCGUAUUGUCUAGUAACAAUAAACCAAAUAAAAUAAAUAAUAACUGGAGAAAAAAGUAAGGGUAUAAUAUAUUUAUAAGUUGUUUAGCAAAGCAGUAAGUAGACGAACACAAGAACCCAACAACCAACACGUAGUGAUUUAUCGCCGUGGGUUAAGGUCUCAGACCGUUCGAUUAUGUUUAUAAGAUGUUUCAGUGUUGAGCCGUCUGAUGGGUGUUUUAUGGGCCAGCUUAGAACUGAUUUCGAUUAUUCACCUAUAAAAAUAAGUAAACAGUAAGAGACCACUUAUUUUUACGGCUGGUCAUUGACUGGUUACUUCGAUUUUCGUCGAUGUAUAUGAAUAAACAAUUAUAAAUCAUAAGAAAUAUUUCGGGCUGGAGUGGAAGAUAAUUAAUUCAAGGGAGUAAUAAAUAAUCCAGUGAUUGCGAUGACAUAAACUGUCUCAAGUUUAACUCCCUGUAUUGUAGUAAUUAACAGUUUCUGUGCAUUAAAAGGUGUCACUCUUGACGUCUGAAUUGUUAAUUAAUCACUUGGCGUUUUAUCACAGCUGAGAAGUCUACAGCGAUUGCAGCGCCGCCUCAAAGUCGGUGGAUAGUACCGUUACUUAGAUCAACAGACUCGAUAGAGUCUGGCGCCAAGUUCCGUUCUCAAGCCAGACUACCAAGUGUGUAUAUACCGAAAGUGACAAUGAGGCUUCUUUGGACGUUUGUUAUCAUGAUUGCGGCGCUACCCGCCGCUUUGCCCUGGGAAACGGAUCGCAGUAAGCCUAUGCCACGUUUGUACGGUGACAAGAUUCCCACGAGAGUCUUAACGCCGAGUAAUAAAAAAGUUCAAAGGAAAAUAGUGCUUUACCACAACUUCUUUCGGACUCACGUAACUCCUACGGCUGCCAACAUGCUCGUUAUGAAAUGGCACACCGGAGCCGCUAAAGCUGCGCAAAGAUGGGCUGAGGCUUGCUAUGCACUCACACAUGACAAUGCUACUGGAUUGCAUAUCGACGCGUUUGGAAGCUGCGGACAAAAUAUAUUUAUUUCAACGGCUCAAGUUCCUUGGUUCUUUGCCAUUAAAACCUGGUACUUGGAGCAUCAAAUUUUCAAGUACGGGCCUCAUGCUAAAAAUGACCUCAGCCAAGUUGGUCAUUACACGCAGAUGGUUUGGGCGCCCACUCAUCGCGUAGGCUGCGGAUGGGCCAAGUGUAAUGGAACUCGAGGACCUCGCGGGCAACCUUAUUUCAGCUAUGUCUGCAAUUACUGUCCAGCGGGCAAUUAUCCAGAUCGUCUCGGUAUGCCUUACAAGGCCGGAGCGCCUUGUAGCAGCUGCAAGGAGCAUUGCCGGGUCGGGAAACUGUGCAAGAAUUCCUGUCCCUGGGCCGACUUGUGGGCGAACUGUCGACAGCUCUACGAGACGUGGCCGAAUUGGCUCUGCGAAAGCGACACCCAGCAAGGACACGAGCGCCGGCAGUUCUGUCGAGCCACUUGCAGAUGCCGGGACAAGAUUGUGUGAAUUAACAACCCGCAAUUCAGUUCAGUAACUCGAAAUUUAACCUACUAAUUAACGAUGUAUGUGAAUUUCCGUCAAUGCAGUACAAAAGCUUCAGCAUCGCCCCAAGGAAACUCCAAUAAAAACGCUGACCAUCUUGCCCCGAUGAGGUAUUUGACCCAAAUUUUUUACCCAGGCUGCCAGGAAUAGUGUCCUGAAGCACCUGGAGAAAGAAUUUUUUCAAUAGCUUACUUGGUUUAAGAGAUAUAAGCUUUCCGUACGUCCGGAAUAAACUUUGUACGGAUGUACGGAUUGAAUUUUUUGGGUUUAUUUGCAUGAAAAUUGAUCCGGUUUUUUUUGGGAAUUGUUUGGUGAUGUCUUCCGGGAAGAUUUGAGUACUUUGUGGUUUAUUUUUAAGACCCAGAAUUUUUUUUUUAAUUUUUUUUUAAAAGUGUGAGCGUUUUUAUUGGAAUUUUUAGUUGUAAGAUUGUCAAAAUGCUGAUAAAGGUGAAUUUAAAAAGUGUAUUAAACUGGUGAAAUAAUGUAGCGGAUAUUUGCAUAUAGCGUAUAAAGGGUACAUGGAGCUGAGUGUUAUAUGAUACUGUUAGAGUGAAAAUUCCCUGGGGCAUGGAAAUCGCGAGCGAGAUUUUUUGAUAUUUGUAAACGAUAAACUGUCUGUAUUUUAUGCAUGCAAUCUGUACAUAAAGUAGAGAGCUAUAUAUGUAAAUCAUUAUUAUAUAUAAUAUAUAAAUAUAUACAUAUGCAUAUAUAUAUUUCUGUGUAUAUAUGCACUAUCAAAGUGCUACUUCUCCAUGCUCUGUAUAAAGUUUAAUGAAAAACUUGUUUGCUACUUUAUUUUUAUUAUCGUAUAUUCAAAUUCUUAUGGAUACAUCUAUAAAUAAUAAUAUUAAAAAUAAUAAUAAUAAUAUAAUAUAUAUUUAUGAAGUACUUAACUCCAAACAUUACGGUGCUAUUUAUUUUAAAUUAAUGCACAGUCAAUGUUUUUUGUUUUUUGUUCUUAAAUUAUUAUCUAAAAGAUAAAUUAGUUAACUUUAUAAAGCAUACUUUAAAACAUAAGUGAUAAAUGUUGAAAAUAUAUUAAAUAUGUAAAAUAUUUGUCGAUAAGAAAAAUUUAAAAACUUUAAUAAUAAAAGUAAAUUUUUAUUAAUUCAGUCACAAAUUAAUAAAUAAUUAUUAACGUGAAAACUUAAACUGUUUAACAUAAUAUAAAUAAAAUUAGAUGUAAAAAAAUAUGUAAUGAUAAGCAUGGAAAUGUGUUGAGAUUAUUUGUGAUCAAAAUAUAUAUUAAAUAAAUUGUAAUUCUAUGAACAAAUA